AUGGGUCAAAUAUUGUCCAAUCCAAUUAUCGACAAAGAGCAUCAUUCUGGUACAGAUUGUUUGACAGCGUUCGGACUAUGUGCCAUGCAAGGUUGGCGUAUGUCUAUGGAAGAUGCCCAUAUUGUUGAGCCUAACCUUUUCGCCGAGUCUAAUGAAGAACAUCUGGCAUUUUAUGGUAUAUUUGAUGGUCAUGGUGGUUCUUCUGUGGCAGAGUUUUGUGGUUCUAAAAUGAUAUCUAUACUGAAACAACAGGAGAGCUUCAAGAGCGGCAUGUUAGAACAGUGUUUGAUAGAUACCUUUUUGGCUACAGAUGUUGAGUUGUUGAAAGAUGAAAAAUUAAAAGACGAUCAUAGUGGUUGUACGGCAACUGUGAUAUUGAUAUCUCAAUCGAAAAAGCUACUGAUUUGUGCCAAUUCUGGUGAUAGUAGGACAGUUCUGUCUACUGGUGGUAACAGCAAAGCAAUGUCGUUUGAUCAUAAGCCCACAUUGUUGAGUGAAAAAUCUCGUAUCGUAGCUGCUGAUGGUUUUGUUGAGAUGGACCGUGUCAAUGGAAAUUUAGCUUUAUCUAGAGCCAUAGGUGAUUUUGAAUUCAAAUCUAACACAAAAUUGGGACCUCAUGAGCAAGUCGUUACAUGCGUUCCUGAUAUCAUUAGGCACAAUUUGAAUUAUGAUGAGGAUGAAUUCGUUAUUUUAGCAUGUGAUGGUAUUUGGGAUUGCUUAACUUCUCAAGAGUGUGUUGACUUAGUCCACUACGGUAUAAGUCAAGGUAAUAUGACGUUGAGCGACAUAUCAUCUAGAAUCGUAGAUGUUUGUUGUUCACCCACCACCGAAGGCUCAGGAAUUGGUUGUGAUAAUAUGAGUAUUUCCAUUGUUGCUUUGCUAAGGGAAAAUGAGUCUGAAUCACAAUGGUUCGAGCGCAUGAAAUCCAAAAAUUACAAUAUUCAAACUUCUUUUGUCCAAAGAAGGAAAAGUAUUUUUGAUUUCCAUGACUUCUCGGAUGAUGACAACGAAGUGUUCGCAAUAACUACUAAGAAAUUACAAGACCGCUUAAAUCGUAACAAAGAUAAUGACGACAUGGAAAUUGAUGACCUUGAUACCGAAUUGGGCAGCAGUGCUACUCCCUCAAAGUUAACAGGUGAGGGUAGAACUGGCCCUAUUGACUUAUUUUCGUUGGAGGCUCUAUUAGAAGCCGGAAUUCAAAUAAGGCAAAGACCAAGCUCCGAUAGCGACGGCAAUACUUCUUAUUUCCAUGGUGCUUCUUUAUCAGAUAUGUUGGCAUCUUUAAGCAAUGCGGCUGCGGGAGAAACCGAACCUGAUGAUGCUGAUGAUAACAAUGAUAAUGACAGCGAAGAAGACGACAAGAAUGGAAAAGAGAAAAAGGGUUCCAAGAUUGAAGAAAUUGAAUAA